AUGCGUCUGCCUCCCAGGGGGUCGGGUACUGAUUCCGACGCGGUUGCCGUCGGACUGCGAUCUACUGGUAAUUCAUCAAAUCUGACAAAUAAGCAACCUACCCAGAUUCUCACUUAUUCCGACAUCGUUAGCAUCUCCCCUAAGCAUGACGAUAGAGUUUCUUAUGCGGAGGCUACUGGCAAGAAGCCGGUGAAAAUACCGGAUUUGGCUGCUCACAUUUUUCAUGAUCUGCGGCCUACUAAGGAGGGCGAUCAGUUCUCCCUCAAAAUACCGAAGGAUCUAUAUCUUAAGGAGAUUAAGGCCUUUGAAUUUGCUUUGACAGGACGUUUGUUUCUUCAGAAAGGAGACAAACCGAGAUCAACUAUGGAACUAAAGUGGGAACUUCAGAGAUUAUGGAGUUUAGCCUCUGAUUGGCAACUAAUUCCUUUGGGAAAAGGUUAUUUCACUCUCCGAUUUACUACGGCUGAAGAUAAGGCUACAGCAAAGGGAAAGGCAGUUUGGGAGCUCUCAAAAGGGCUCCUCCGACUCCGUGAAUGGACUCGAAAUUUUGAUCCUUUCAAAGAGAAUUCCCCUUUGGCGGACGUUUGGGUUCGCAUACACUAUCUGCCGAUAGAAUACUGGAACCCACAGGUUAUCUCUGGAAUUGGCAGAUAUUUGGGUCACCCCUUAAAGAUCGAUGGAGCGUCGGCACGACGUGACUUCGGACAAUUCGCUAGAAUCCUUGUGGAAAUCGAUAUGUCGCAAAAUCUACCUUCUGCUCUAUUAAUUGAUGGUGAGGAUACAUCAUUCCAUGUUGAAUUUGUCUUUGAAAAUUUGCCUCUUUACUGUGGUCGUUGCAAAAUUACUGGGCAUUCUCAAGAAACAUGUCGAAAAAAGCGACGUGUGGAGCCGGUAGCUAUUCAGGAAAAUCUGACGGCUGCUCCUAACCAUCAGUCUGGUGUGGUGAAUCAUAAACAAUGGCACAUUGUGGAGCAGGGCAAGAAGGUUUUUGUCCCAAUGGUGCAAACCACGGGGGCACAACAGAACACUUCUAGUUUUGGCCAUUUGGCGACGGGGGUGCAUCAGCAUGAUUUCCAGAAUGAAGGCCAUGAGAUGGCUGGCAGUAGCCCAGUUCUGGAUUCCCAGAGGGUUGACGAUCAUGGCUCGGAGGAGAGAGCGUUAUACGAGCCGGAGGCAGCGGUGUUGGUUUCGGUUGAUCAGGAGCUUGAUAAGACAACUGGUAGUGAGGAUGAGGUGGACGAGGAUAUUGAGAUGGAGACGCCGAUUGGGGAUCCGACUGAGAUUGUUACGGCUGCUGCUGAUUUGGAUGAAGCUCAAAAUUCUGAGCAAGCUGGAGACUUGGUUGGUCAGCAGGCUAAAAAACUGGAUGGUGAUUUGGGUGGGCAAAGCAAAGACUCGCACACUACUGCUCCAGAAGAUAUUGAUAGUCGUAUCAGUCGGUUAGAGGCGCAGGUUAGCCAAGGAAUGCAAAUUCUUGUUGAGCAAGCACCGCCUAAGCGACGUGGACGUCCUCCAAAGGGUAUGGAGCGUCCGCGCGUUCCGCAGACUCAGGAAGAUAGCAUAAAAAGCCGCCUCAGAAAUGCGGAGGAAAUGGGUCAGAAGCCGAGUGACUUCGUCAUUGAUCAUAGCAGAAGUGCUAGUUUGCGUGUUAUGAAUAAUAUCGCCAAAGGCCGUUGGUCGGAGGAAAUGGAGGUAGAUGAUUUUUUGAAUGGUUUUUAG